CUGAAAUUGGUAAUGACGUCAGGUUUAUUCAUUUGCCUUAUCAUUUAUCAUCACAACAAAUACACAUCUAAUAAAGACUGUUCAAAUUUUUAUUUAACAAUCUUGUUGUGCUGAUUAACCCAAGAGGGGUAGUCAUCGGAUAGUCAUAAAAUCUUGAAAAUAUUUUGGAAAAUUAAACAUCCGGGAACUUCAAAGUAGAUCUUCAACUUCAAGAUGGCGACAAGUUAGAGUUAGAAACCACACAACUUUAUAGCAUAUAUUUAUACAUUAAACACAUUUAAAGUUUAACUCUACAGUUACGGUUGUAGAAGUAUCCAUAUUAGGUUCAAGCUAAUUGGUCUCUAAAUGCCAAUUUAUGUUGUCAAAUUGUCAGCAUUAACUUGAUACUUCAUCUUAGCAGGGAUUGAGAGGUCCUUCACCUUAAGUGAUGAUGGCAGAUUCUGGUGAUGCAGAUGAGAUCCCUCCCUCUUUUGAUGAGGCCACACAUACAGUUGAUGAUGCUCUGCCCCCUGAUGAUGAAACUCCUCUCUCUGAUGAGGACACUACUCCCUCUGCAGAUCUUCCUCCUUCAUACUCCACACUGUUUAAGCCUGAAGUAGAUCUCAAUGUUGACGAUCAAAGCACUUCUAUAUGUGAUGUCAACCCCACCAUACAGUCAUCACCAGCCCCAUCUAGAGGGGAUGAUGCGGUGACCAGAUCACCACCUCCGACCCCUGUUAGGUCCUCCAGUUAUGAAGCAGUCAACAGAUUGGGGGCUGUUAUGUUACUCCAGCCUUUACGAGACAUACAAGUAGACAUAAGCCCCACACCUCCUGUGGAGCUAACUAAUUUGAAUGAGAGGCGAACAUCUAAGUGUUCUAGUACAGGUGGCUCCACCAAUAGUACUGUGGAAACCAGAGUCACAUCAACGAAUGCGUUAUCUGCAGAGGGAGACAGCAGAGGUGAUUCUAGAGGCUUGGACCCUCGCAACAGAGAGUAUUGUACUGAUACAACAGAUGAGAAAAAAUUUGGGAGAUGUGCAACUUGCGGAACAAUGUUUAUAGACAUGUUUUCCUCAUGCAGAGGUUGCAUAGUGUCUCGUAAACCAUGGCAAUUAGGUCUUGUCUCGGCAGGAAUUUUAGGCGCUAUCUUCUUUCUUGUUAUGUUCCCUGUGUCAUUUAUAUAUGUGGAAUACGAUAAGAUUGCCCUCCUGAGGCGUAAAUCUACUGGUGAGGUCUACACUGAUGCGGUGUUUUACCCAGGAUGCUAUGUGCUUGGUCCAGACCUAGAGUUCCUACAUGCUCCAUCCACUGCACAUUUAGUCAAUGGAAAGAUUACUAUAACAACAAAUAAUCGUCUUUCAGUUGAUGUUGGAUUCAGCUUUCAACAUUUUCUCAGGCCAGGAGAGUUUGGAAGCCUCUACCAGAAGUUGAAGCUUGAUUACCCUCAGUUGUUCCAAACUAUAGCAUACAGUGAGAUAAAGAACGAGGCAGUGAAAUAUUCACUGACAGAAUACAGGUUAAACAGGUCUAUGAUAGAGCAAGCAUUCCAUAAAGUUAUGAGGAACAGACUUUCAGGUGACUGCUGUUCAGACUGCUGUGAAUCUAGCAGCUGUUUUGGUUCUAACUUCUGUAACAGAUGUAACAGAAACAAAAGCAGCUGUACCCAUGGCUACCAUACAGAUGUGAAUUAUUUUCAACUUGGAGUAGUUGAUGUUCCAAAUGAGAUAAAUGAAAGAUACAUCGAAUUAGCAAAGUUAGAGGUUGAGGCUGGCACUGAGCUUUUCAAACAGCAGGCAGCAAUAGAGCGCAAGGUAACUGCAGGACUUGUACAAGAUAUUCUGAAUGAAGCCAAUGAGAUUACAGCAAAUGCUUCAGCGCAGGCUGAGUUGAUAAAGUCCAGAGCCAUUGCAUCAGCUACCCAAGAGACAUCUAGUGUUGAAUUUACAAGUCUGCGUCAAAUGUGCUCUAAUCUCAGUAUGACAAGGGAAGACCAGAAAAUGUCUUUGUUUUUCUUACACAAACUGAGACAAAUGGAUAAUUUGUUGAAAAUGCCAGGAUUUGAGGAAUAUCAGGCCUACACUCAGAAAAAUCCUUUUGGAUUAUAGCGGACAGUAUAAAUAAAUGAUCUAAAACAAACGGUGCAAGAUAUACAAAUUAUUUCCACUUAUAAAAUUUAUCAGCUUUAAAGUAUACCAAUCAUGGAAUCAUAGACAGCCAUGAAUUAUUCUAAAGUUCCAUAUUUUAACACAUGUUUGUAACAUAUCAUGAUAUUGUGAAGAAAGUUUGCAAGAUAAUAUAUAUUCAAAUCUCAUGUACAGCCCUUUUAUUUAUGUAGACCUAUAUUUUAUAUUUUUAUACACAUAUGUACAUGUUUGUGAUAUGAUAAAAAGGAGUAUCUUAUAAAAUACAAUCCAGAUUUUGUGCAGGAUUUUUCUGUAUUGUUCUCAAAGACAUGAAGUGGUGGCUGUUUUUAACUAAAGUUAUUUGGGGACCUGUCAAUAUGAAAUUGGAAAUACAAAAGAUGGCAGUACAUAAUUUAUUGCUGGUACUAUCUGUGUCUGUAUAGGUUUAAACUGUGCAUGUGAUGUUAAUGUUCAAUUUUAGGCUUGUUAAUGUACAUGUUUCUUAAAUUGGUACUGUACAUACUGUUGUAUAUGGAUAGUCUGGAAUUGUUCAUGUAUGUAUUGGCUUGUACUGUACAUUGGACUGUACAUGUACAUAUAGGCAUGUUAUAUAGAUGUACAUAUAUGCUGUUACUGUACAUGACUGUAUGUAAAG